AUGCACUCUGACGCUUGCGAGUCACCAAUCCACGAUCAUCUUCUUGUACGACCCCUCACGACCAUCAACCACCAUCUCAUCUCUUUACGGAACAACAAGAUGGCGGCCACCACUGCCUCUUCAGCAGCGGCCUACCUCUCGGGGCCAUUCCCCUCCGGCCGCGCGCUCACCGAGAACGAUGUCUCCCCUACCGUACCCCCGACCCCAACCUCGGACUCCUCCCCGCCGUCCCACCUCUACACCGACCUCCCACCCCACCUCAUGCAACCAGACAACACCCCGGACUACCUCCGUCUCAUCCUCUCCGCCGAUAUCUACUCGCUCGUCCACCAAACUCCCCUCCAACCCGCAACCAACCUCUCCUCCAAACUUGGCUGCUCCGUCCUGCUCAAGCGCGAGGACCUGCAGCCCGUGUUCUCGUUCAAGCUGCGCGGUGCGUUCAACAUGAUGCAGCAGCUGGACGACGAGCAAAAGUGGAAGGGUGUCAUCGCGUGCUCGGCGGGCAACCAUGCGCAGGGGGUGGCGAUGGCAGGUGCGCAUCUCAAGAUCCCCUGUACGAUCGUCAUGCCAAAGGGGACGCCGGAGAUCAAGACCAAGAACGUCAAGAGGAUGGGAGCCAAAGUGGUGUUGUUCGGACAGGAUUUCGAUGAGGCGAAAGCGGAGUGCACGAGGUUGUCGAAGGCGUACGGGUUGACGAUCAUCCCUCCAUUCGAUCAUCCGAGGGUCAUUGCGGGGCAGGGUACGAUCGGGGUGGAGAUCUGCAGGCAGACGGACAUGUCCCAGGUCGACGCUGUGUUCUGCUGUGUCGGCGGGGGUGGGUUGUUGGCUGGAGUUGCAGCGUACGUCAAACGCAUCGCACCGCCGCACGUCAAGGUGAUCGGAGUCGAGACGUUCGACGCCGACGCCCUCGCCCAAUCCCUCGAGGCGGGCCACCGCGUUCUCCUAAACGAAGUCGGACUGUUCGCCGACGGCACCGCCGUGCGCAUCGUCGGCGAAGAGUGCUUCCGCAUCUGCCGCGACACCGUCGACGGCGUCGUCCGCGUCACCAACGACGAGCUCUGCGCCGCCAUCAAGGACACCUUCGAAGACACCCGUUCCAUCCCCGAACCCUCCGGUGCCCUCGCCGUCGCCGGCAUGAAACGCUACAUCGCCCAGCACAACCUGCAAGGCUCUGGGAAAAAAUUCGUCGCGCUCGUCUCCGGUGCCAACAUGAACUUCGGUCGUCUGCGGUUCGUCGCAGAGAGAGCCGAGUUGGGCGAGAACAGGGAGGCGCUGUUGAGUGUGGAGAUCCCGGAGGAACCGGGUGCGUUUUUGAAGCUGCACAACCAUAUCAAUCCGAGGAUGGUGACCGAGUUCAGCUAUCGGUAUGGGGAUCGGGAGAGGGCGCAGAUUUUGCUGUCGUUCAUGUUGGAUGGUGCCAAGGCGAGUCCAGUGGGAGAAAGUCAGUCGACGGGAGCGGUACCUGUUCCGGAGAACAUCACCCCAGCCACAACCGGUGCAGCGGAAGCGCUGUCCUCCUCGACCGCAUCGCUCUCCGACUCGCAACCGCUCGCAGCAUCCACCCAGUCGUCCAGCAGCGAACUCUCCUCCAUCCUCUCCGCCCUCACCGCCGACGGAAUGACGCCCAUCGACUUGUCCGGAGACGAAGUGUCCAAGUCCCACUUGCGCUACCUCGUCGGCGGCAAGACGCGCGUCCCCAACGAACGCAUCUUCCGCUUCGAGUUCCCCGAACGACCCGGUGCGCUGCGCAAGUUCCUCGUAGGCAUGCAGAGCGGCUGGAACGUCAGCCUCUUCCACUACCGAAACCACGGCGCGGAUAUGGGCAAGAUCCUGCUCGGUAUACAGGCUCCCGAGCAGGACGCGCUUGCGUUGGAGAGGUUCUUGCACGAUCUUGGCUAUCAGUACCACGAGGAGACGAAUAACCCCGUGUUGAGGAGGUAUCUGGGCUCGGAUUAG